CUCCCACCAAUGUGGUAUACCUUGGACAGUUAGCUUCCGAUGUGACGGAGGGGGAUGUCGAGGAUUUAUUUGAGCCUUUUGAAGGGUUCAUUAAUUCUAAGUUUAUCCAAUCUAGCGGUAUUGCCUUUGGGCACUUUGAUAGCAUCGAGCAUGCACGCGCGGCCCGCAUAGCACUUAACAAUGCACUUCUGAGGGGCGCCACGUUGCGCAUUAGUUUUGGGAAGAGCAACCACACCAUGACGAUGGCGGAUAGGAUGCGGCGAGGGAAGCCGGCUCCGCUCGGUAAUGAUGAUGCGAAUGGCGAUUUCACUGCGAUGCCGCCACCGGCUCUUGGGCUUGGCGGUGUGAUGGGGGCACUUGUGGCAGGCCCGGGGGCUCCCGCAGCUGACGCCGGAGCGAUGGUGUCGCUACCCACCAUGGGCGUCAUGGUGGGCUCGCAGGCAGCCCCGCCACCGCCGACCUUUUUCACGCGGGAACGUCCCACACCAGAGAUGACGCUUGACGCCCGCCUUCAAUCACUUCUUGGCGCCACGUAUAACAACUGCGGUGAGGCGGACAAGUCGGUGAGCCCCAGUGUUAUUCAAGCCAUUUGUGACCUCGUUGAUGGCUGCGUGGAUGAGCAGAGCAUGAAGCGGCUCGAUGACACCAUUUUUCUCUACACACCCCUCAAUUCCUCUCAUGUCUUUGGUAUAUUGGCGAAGCGCAUACAUGACUAUUUUAACGAUGAUCCGCACAAGAAGCUUCUUGUUCUGUACGCCGCCACUCGGGCUCUGCUCGGUGCCAAAACGGAUUAUCUUCUGUUCACCAAGGCGGCCCUCAAUGCGUACCUCAUGAUGCUUUUUGUUGCCAGCGAGGGGCAAACACCGGGCGGGAUGGAGAUGCUCACGUCCAUCAUUGAGAACGUUCACAGAAAUCCCUUCAUUGAGCGACAGAGGCUGGAUGCGGAGUUCAUUGAGGUCUUUCGGGAGCAGCUGGACGAGAUCCACCGUCGUGCGAAGGUGGAGCAGGACUUAGCCUCGCUGCUUACGAAGAAGAGGCGCAGGUGA